CACUCGAGAAAAUUCUCCAUGGUCACCUCUCUCCCUAUAUAUAUCUUUCGCCUUCAACGAACCUCAAACUCGGGACAACACAAAAGCCUAUUCAUAAGCCAACGCUACAAUAUCUCUUUGCAUCAUUCAUCCAAGCUUUCUUGAUUCUUUAGUUAGCUUUCUUUCUUGUUUACAUCCAAGUUCUUUUUGUUUCUUGAUUCCUUGUUACAGUUAAUCCUUUUCUUCAAUGGCGCCAAAGACUGAAGGCAAAGCCAUUGGCAUCGAUCUUGGCACCACCUACAGCUGCGUGGGCGUGUGGCAGAACGAUCGUGUUGAGAUUAUAGCCAAUGACCAGGGCAACAGAACUACUCCUUCUUAUGUUGCCUUCACCGACACCGAGCGUCUCAUAGGCGAUGCAGCCAAGAACCAAGUCGCUAUGAACCCUCAGAAUACUGUAUUUGAUGCCAAACGUCUUAUUGGUAGGCGCUUCUCUGAUCCUUCUGUUCAGAGCGACAUGAAGCACUGGCCUUUCAAGGUCAUUCCUGGCCCUGGCGACAAGCCUAUGAUCGUGGUGCAAUACAAAGGUGAAGAGAAACAAUUUGCGCCCGAGGAGAUUUCUUCUAUGGUUCUAACCAAGAUGAAAGAGAUUGCUGAGGCUUAUCUGGGUCAGACGGUGAAGAAUGCCGUAAUCACAGUGCCUGCUUAUUUCAAUGACUCACAAAGGCAGGCCACUAAGGACGCUGGUGCUAUUGCAGGGCUAAACGUGAUGAGAAUUAUCAAUGAACCUACUGCUGCAGCCAUUGCUUACGGUUUGGAUAAGAAAGGGUCGGGAGCAGGUGAGAAGAAUGUGCUAAUUUUCGAUCUUGGUGGAGGAACAUUUGAUGUUUCUCUUCUAACGAUCGAGGAGGGUAUAUUCGAAGUGAAAGCUACUGCUGGAGACACCCAUCUUGGAGGAGAGGACUUCGACAAUAGGCUUGUCAGCCAUUUUGCUGCAGAGUUCAAGAGGAAGCACAAGAAGGAUAUUAGUACUAAUGCCAGAGCCCUGAGAAGAUUGAGAACCGCCUGUGAGAGGGCAAAGAGGACGCUGUCUUCAACCUCACAGACAACUAUAGAGAUUGAUUCUCUCUAUGAAGGCAUUGAUUUCUAUGCAACGAUCACUAGAGCAAGAUUUGAAGAACUGAACAUGGAUUUGUUCAGAAAGUGCAUGGAACCUGUGGAGAAAUGUCUUCGGGACUCCAAGAUUGACAAGAGUCAUGUUCAUGAGGUUGUCCUCGUUGGUGGGUCAACAAGAAUUCCCAAAGUUCAGCAACUUUUGCAAGAUUUCUUUAAUGGAAAGGAACUCUGCAAGAGCAUAAACCCAGAUGAGGCCGUGGCAUAUGGAGCUGCUGUCCAAGCCGCAAUUCUUACCGGUGAAGGGGAUGAGAAGGUUCAAGAUUUGCUUCUCUUGGAUGUCACUCCUCUCAGCCUCGGUAUUGAGACUGCCGGUGGUGUAAUGACAGUCUUGAUUCCGAGGAACACGACGAUUCCUACCAAGAAAGAGCAGAUCUUUUCUACAUACUCCGAUAACCAGCCAGGAGUGCUUAUUCAGGUGUAUGAAGGUGAAAGAGCUAGGACCAAAGACAACAAUCUUCUUGGCAAAUUCGAGCUCACCGGAAUCCCACCGGCACCCAGGGGCGUUCCUCAAAUUAAUGUGUGUUUCGACAUUGACGCCAAUGGUAUUUUGAAUGUCUCUGCAGAAGAUAAGACUGCCGGAGUGAAGAACAAGAUCACAAUCACUAACGACAAAGGAAGAUUGAGCAAGGAAGAUAUUGAAAGGAUGGUGCAAGAUGCAGAGAAGUACAAAGCAGAGGAUGAAGAGGUGAAGAAGAAGGUGGAUGCCAAGAACUCCUUGGAGAACUACGCAUACAACAUGAGAAAUACAGUGAAGGAUGACAAGUUCGCCGGGAAAUUAGCCUCGGCGGACAAGGAGAAGAUUGAGAAAGCAAUUGAUGAGACUAUUGAGUGGUUGGACAGGAACCAAUUAGCAGAGGUGGAGGAGUUUGAGGACAAGUUGAAGGAACUUGAGGCCUUGUGCAAUCCAAUUAUUGCAAAGAUGUACCAGGGCGGUGCAGGCGGUGAUGUGCCAAUGGGUGGCGCCGAAAUGCCGAACGGAGACUAUGGGAAGACCCGCUCCGGUGGUUCAGGUGCCGGACCCAAGAUUGAAGAAGUUGAUUGAGCGUGGGCUCUGUUGUCUUGGUUCAUUAUUGAGUUCGUUCUCGAUUAUGCAGUAAUUCAAGGAUUUGAGAAAAUGGUGUUGUAAACUCUUGGUUGUAUCAAUUCUCACCUACUAUAAAAAUAAACAAAAAGUUUAAUAA